AAAUAUAUGUCUGAAAACAACUUUGAUACAUCUGAAGAUUCCAGUCUUAGAUCUGACACAUAAAUUAAUUGAAAAGUAAGUCAAACUUUCAUCAAACUUUUUGACCGUUGAAUUUACUGGCUGGGCUGAGCCAGUAAAUUCAAUUGCAGUGACCAGACAAAGGUUCAAGUGAUCUAUCCCUCUAAGAAUAAUUGUUUAUUUCACUAUUGUAUGUGUCAGUUCUACGUCUAACUAUGUUGUUAAGAGACGCCCAUGACUAAUUGUAAUUUCAGGGGACGCGUCUCCAGAUAAUCCCUCUCCGUGCUAAUGAAGAUGCACUUGAGGAAUUACUUACUUUGGUAUAAAUGAAACCUCCAGUGGAAAAACUUUACUCCAUCAUUUUACAUACUCUGUUAAUUAAAAUAUAAAUUAUCUUUACAAAUUAAAUUAGGGAUAAAUAUAAAAUAAUUAAUUAUAUUAAAUGAAUGUAUUCUCAGGAGCAGUGUUUGUGUUAAAAGUAACUAAUAGAAAUGACAUCCAAAUACAUUUCUGCAAUAUUUACAACUGAACGGUGUAUUAAAAAUACGACUAAUAAACAAUACGACAAAAUGACAUUUCAGUUUCUAACAGCAGAGGUCAGUACUGAGCGUAAUAUCUGCCUGCAUCACGAGGAAAGAAGAAGACCCGGCGGUUACUAGGCAUCAUUAUCAUCAUCAUCACAUUGACCUGCCCACUGCAUCCAGCUGUAGCAGGCUGUAACGAAAACAUUGCAGUUCAGGGUGAUUGGCUGAGAACAGUCAGUCAUGUUUAACCCCAGUGAACUAGAAGGUGAAGUGGAUCACUCGUUUUUUGACAGUGAAGAUGAUGGUGAUAGUGGCCUCAGCAGAGAUACUGGUAAAGAGAGUCUUCCUGAGAGGCUUCAAGAAAAACAGAUGGAAAAUACCAAGGCUGUAGUUUCCCCAGGGUCUGACGUUACCAGAAAACAGCCCAAACUAGUAAACAGCUAUUACUCAAAAGACGAGGACAGAAACCGAGCGUUCAGUUUACCGAUUGUGCCUGCAGUGUCCAACAAAGUCACCAAUAGCAGCAGUGAUAGUGAAGAAGACUGCAAUCUGCCACCUAAAAGACAAAACAGGACAUUCAUGGCUCUGCUGGCUGAGGCCACUGAGGUACGAGACAAGGAUAUAUAUGUGACAGACGAAGAAUCUUCAUCAUCCAGUGCCAAACAUCCAGGUUCAAAACUGAAGAAGAAACAGUCACCUAAGAAACUAAUGAGAAAUCGGCAUGUCCAGAGUUCAUCCCCUACGUCCACGUCGAGUGAGGAUGCAGACUCGGAAAGCUGCUCUAGCAGUUACAGUGGGAGAAGCUCUUCAAAUUCCCCCACAAUUCCCAAAUCCAAGAAAUUAUCACCCGGAGGAAGGAAGGUCAGACUGGGAUCAGCAGAGUCUCGAGAUUACGCGAAGGAGUCAGAAUCAAUGACAGAUGUGAGUCCUCUCUCCUCACCUGACAUCAGCCCUGAGCAGUCUUUGGACCUGAACCACAGAGAAGAAGUCGACACAAGCCUGAAAGAAGAGCAGCAGCCGAGGGAGGAGGGGAGUGUGCCCUCCAGUGGCCUCAGUGAGAUACAUCCAGAUGACAACUCAGUUCAGGACGUGGAUAGGUAUUCUUUUACUUCAGAGAGCCAGCUCGGAGGCAAACUGGUGUUUCACCCCCACGGAGGGAAAAACAGGAAGAACUAUUCAUUCAGAAAUGACGAAGUCCGACGUAUAGAUCACGAGAACCAGCGACUGCUCCGGGCCCUGUCUCGCCUUUCUUCAGGCUCCAGACCCAACAGUGCAGCAGGAAGAAAAACACCAAAAACCAGCUGCUCACCAGUUAUACGGCCCAGUUCCAGUGCACUCAACAGACAGCGAGAACAGAAACGCAUCGAGAGGGAGAAUCUGGCGUUGCUGAGGAGACUUGAGUCUGCAAAGCCUACGCAGGGUAUGAGGCGUUCGGAGCAACUGGCAGACUACCAUCGUCAUGUUGGCUAUAUAGAAGGCAGUAAAAGCCCAAGCCCCAGGUGUUCCACUCAGCACAGCUCCAGACCAGAGGUGACCAUCACACCAGUGCAAAGGUCAAAACAUCUGAGUGCAGCUCGACCAGCCUGGUGCUGAGAACCUCACUCUCUCCAUCCAUUUCAGUCAAUUCUGUCGGUACUGUAGACGACUGUAGACGGUACUGUGGAGCUUUACCUGGGUUUUCAUGUGUCAGUUUCAGAAGAUUCCAAUCAAUUGCAGCAGAUUUUCAAUAUCUUUGUCGACAUGUUAAUCAGUGUAUAUGGAGUUGAUAUGCCUCUGCUUCCAUAAGUGACGCUCUGCACUGGAAAUUGUAGUCAAAUUCAGCUGUUGCCUCUCAGUAGCCAGUGGUCUGCUGUUCUGUUUUAGGAAGUGAUGCCUUUAUUUCAGCAGCUGCUUUGACACAGCUUGUGAGAUGUCAACUGAUUUAUUUAUAUUGUAAUAUCAAAUGUGACCCUGCUUAAAUUGCUUUGUUUUACAUUGUACAGGUGAGAUGUUGCGCUUUAAGACUUUGUGUUUAUAGAGAUUACAAUAACUAUUUGUAAAGUGAUAUAUUUUAUAUUGUUGUCGACAAAUAAAGCUGCUUUUGCCUAAGCAAAGGAAA